AUGGAGAGGUGCGAGAGCUCUCCUGCCCUAGAGGAGGCCUUUUGCAAGGUGGCGGCCGCCUGGACGGAGCUGCGGGACCUGGGCUCGCGCUGGAGGUAUGACAUGGAGUUACAAGCCGGGCGCGGCCUGGUGUCUGGCGCCCACAAGCCGCCAGCCAUGGACUUGGAGAAGGCGCUCGGGAUCUUCGCCUUCGAGACAUGGGUGUGCGGCAAAAGCUCCUUGCCGGCCCCGAGCUUCGCCGCAGUUCUUCAGCGCGCCCAAGAGCUGGUGGAGGAGGAUAAGAGCACCAAGGCUCUGGCAAUCUUGCCGGACUCCGAGGUGACCCCCACCACGGUGGCCUGCGGCAUGGCGGUCUCCGCCGGGCUGCUGGCCGCUGGCUGCGUGGCCUCUGCAGCGGGGUACCCCACAUUAGGAGCCUACGUUCAGAAGGGUGCUGUCUACAAGGUCUCCGGCGAAGGCGACGCGGCAGAUUGGUGA